AUGGCCACAACCGAUGGCCCUGCUGGGGCGCACGACCGUAAUGGCCGCCGCCGCCCCUUUGCGAGCUGGAUGAAGCGACUGGCGAGCCUCAAAGGCUCCAACGACUCCAGCACGAUCCGAUGGUCGAACAAACGCCACGGAGCUUCUAAGACUAAGAACCGCGGCAUCAAGAACAAUCCCUAUCCUCUGUCCGGCCACCCCCAAGUUCUCCAGCAGUCUACCAGCGACCGCGCCUCCUCCCAUAUCAGCGAAGAUCCUGCACGACCUCGAUCCCGCUCCCAAAGCGAACCGUCCCUCACAUACUCGGGCUAUGAAACGAACAUUCCAGCGACCAGCGCAAAGUCGGCGGCCCCGACAAUUUCCACCAACGGCGAGACGGCAAUUUCCGAGGCUGCAUAUUCCAAGGCUGGGACAACGGUGACGGUUGGCGGAGGAGUGAGCACAAAUGGAGGCGGAGAGGGGAGUACAUUCUCGUCACCGGCGCCGUCAGUCCGGUCGUUGACCACGACGUUGACGACCGUGCAGUCGGCGGCUCCUUCAAAUAUAUACAAUACGCAGAACCAUACGCAUUACCACCACCACGGCCAUUCGACGAGCGGCACGCAGCAGGUACAAUUCUCCCACCAGUUCCCUCCCUCUCCCGCCACCGCGGUACCCCCGCAUCUCGCCCCGCACGGGCACUCGGUUACGUACAGCGUCGCGACCGCAAACAACAUUCUCACCGACAACGCGUCGAUCCUCACCCUCGCCUCUUCCUCAAAACGCCGCCGCCGAAACUCCUUAGAUACCAAUGCCUCAGUCCGCGCCCUCGCCCCGUCCUCCGUCUUCGGCGGCAGUCGUGAAAGCCUCCAAUUGAGCGUGUUGAGCGGCGUCGGUGAGGCAUCAAAUACGUCCGCACUCAAUGCCCCUGGUGUUCUGAGCCGACCCAGUCUUGUCGGCUUAGCAAGCGCAGAGCGAGCGAGCGUAUACUCGUCAUCUGGUGUAACACCCAGCGGCGAACGCGGCAGUCUUUACGCCAAGCAAAGCACGGCGACCGGCGAUGGAGCAAGUAUCCGAAGCGGAGCACACUCGCAUGCGCGUCAGGACAGUAAUGCUGCCAGCAUUUCUGGUGUCGGGCCACAACCUACCCAGUCAGGACGAAUCAGCCGUCGCAGCUCGGGGUGGGGAGAGAUUACGGGUGAGGAAGAUGAAAGCGACGAUGAAAAAAAUGGAAGCUAA